CUGAGGGUGGAGAGAACUUCAGUGUCGGACAGAGGCAAAUGCUGUGUCUUGCUCGAGCAUUACUAAGAAGAUCAAAGAUUCUUGUUCUUGAUGAAGCGACUGCAGCUGUUGAUGUUAGGACUGAUGCUCUCAUCCAGAAAACAAUCCAUGAAGAAUUCAACUACUGCACCAUGCUCAUUAUUGCUCACAGAGUUAACACCAUCAUUGACACCAACCGCAUUCUUGUGCUCGAUGCUGGCCAAGUAGCAGAACAUGAUACUCCAGAGAAUCUGAUGUCAAAUGAAGCGAGUGCAUUCUCUAACAUGGUCCAAAGCACCAGUUCUGCCAAUGCACAGUAUCUACGCGGCUUAGGCCUCCAAAACAAACAGAACAGGUUACAGAUGGAAUUGAAACACUUAGACAGCAAGAAAGGACAAUCGGCCUCUUCCUACUGAGCUGCCACUGCCAAUUUCACGUCUACCGGUCAGCCUCAAUUCCAACAAUGCCUUCCAGAUUUUAAAUAUCGAGGACUAGACAACAAUGGCUACACCAUCCUCAAGAAAACGAGAGACACAGUUAUAAC